AUGAUCACGGAGUACAUGGACCAAGGCGACUUGUUCGCCUACCUCAAGAAGAAGCAACACGGGCAAUCCGUCGCGCUGGACGUCUCGACGGUCGACGUCGCCUUGGUGCUGGCGCACGCACUCGCCGACCUCCAUAAACAAGGCAUCAUCCACCGCGACGUCAACAGCCUCAACAUCUUCCUCUCAACGACCCACUACAUUCGGCUCGGCGGCUUCGGGUCGGCGCGCGCGGUUGACGAAUUGAUGACGGCCGGUACCGGCACUGAGUUCUGGAUGGCCCCCGAGGUACUUCGUGAGGGCUACGACUACGAAGGCCAGCCGUACACCAUUGCCGCCGACAUCUACUCGUUCGGCGUCGUCUUGACGGAGCUCGACACGCUCAAAGUGCCGUACGAGGACGUGAAAGAGCGCUGGUCGAUUGAGGAAAAGGUUCGCACGGGGCAGUUGCGUCCGCACAUGAGCGACGCGUGCCCGCAAUGGCUCAAGAACCUCGCCAACCAGUGUCUUUCAUUUGACCCUACCAAGCGCCCAACGGCCAAAGCCAUCAUUGAUGUCCUUCUGGCACACCGCAACGACGACGACCGUUCGCCAAGCGACGAAGCGAACAUCACCGACGAGCUCCUCGCUGCCGUGCGCAACAAGGACGUGAUCCAGACGCGGCACCUUUGCACAAAAGACUUUGAUCCGGACGUGCGAGACGAUGUACGUGCACAUUGA